AUGCAAAUUUCGGUUGAUGUGCAUCUGCUCAGUGGCAGGAGGGUGUCCCUUGAGAUUCAGGAAGAUGCAUCUGUGGAAGAGUUGAACCAACGUGCCCAGAGCGCUUUGGCUGUUGGCAAAGGGCGGCUGUUGAGUGCUGAUGGCCACAUACUGGAUGCAGCACUGACGGUUAAGCAGGCGAGAAUACAGAACUACGAUGAGCUAAGCCUGCAAAUACUACUACUGCCACAAGUUACUGCGACAAGGAAAGGGCUCGACCACAUACAAUCUGCCUUUGCGGCGAUCCUCGGUGACGGAUCUGUCGUUACCUGGGGCUAUGCUGGUUAUGGUGGUGACAGCAGUUCCGUGCAAGCUCAGCUGAAGGGCGUGCAGCACAUACACGCUUCUUCGUUGGCUUUUGCUGCGAUCCUCGGUGACGGAUCUGUCGUUACCUGGGGCGACGCUGGCUAUGGUGGUGACAGCAGUUCCGUGCAAGCUCAGCUGAAGGGCGUGCAGCACAUACAAGCUUCUGCAGUGGCUUUUGCUGCGAUCCUCGGUGACGGAUCUGUCGUUACCUGGGGCGACGCCGAUUGUGGCGGUGACAGCCGUUCCGUGCAAGCUCAUCUGAAGGGCGUGCAGCACAUACACGCUUCUUCGUUGGCUUUUGCUGCGAUCCUCAGUGAUGGAUCUGUCGUUACCUGGGGCGACGCUGAUUGCGGCGGUGACAGCAGUUCCGUGCAAGCUCAGCUGAAGGGCGUGCAGCACAUACAAGCUUCUGCAGUGGCUUUUGCUGCGAUCCUCGGUGACGGAUCUGUCGUUACCUGGGGCGACGCUGGUUGUGGCGGUGACAGCAGUUCCGUGCAAGCUCAGCUGAAGGGCGUGCAGCACAUACAAGCUUCUGCAGUGGCUUUUGCUGCGAUCCUCAGUGACGGAUCUGUCGUUACCUGGGGCGACGCUGAUUGUGGUGGUGACAGCAGUUCCGUGCAAGCUCAGCUGAAGGGCGUGCAGCACAUACAAGCUUCUGCAAGGGCUUUUGCUGCGAUCCUCGGUGACGGAUCUGUCGUUACCUGGGGCUAUGCUGAUUAUGGCGGUGACAGCAGUUCCGUGCAAGCUCAGCUGAAGGGCGUGCAGCACAUACAAGCUUCUGCAAGGGCUUUUGCUGCGAUCCUCGGUGACGGAUCUGUCGUUACCUGGGGCGACGCUGAUUGUGGCGGUGACAGCAGUUCCGUGCAAUCUCAGCUGAAGGGCGUGCAGCACAUACAAGCUUCUGCAAGGGCUUUUGCUGCGAUCCUCGGUGACGGAUCUGUCGUUACCUGGGGCGACGCUGAUUGCGGCGGUGACAGCAGUUCCGUGCAAGCUCAGCUGAAAGGCGUGCAGCACAAGGGCUUUUGCUGCGAUCCUCGGUGA